AUGUCAACUGAUAAAGCUCGCACCAAAAAAUGGGCACCCAAGACGUUCAAUGGGUGUUUAACUUGCAAGUAUGGGCUGAUGAUCUUUUCAAUCAGCAUUCGAGCCGGACUGAUGUCUGUUAGGAAAAGAAGGAUAAAAUGCGAUGAAGGGAAGCCGGCAUGUCAAAGUGGAUAUGCACCACCCAAAAUCAGACUGUUUGAACCAGCUUCAUCUUCGACGGAGCCGCCUUCGACGUCAACACCGCCUCCGGAUACCGACCACCCUCCGUCCGCGAACGACCUUCAAUUUCAGACCUACCUCCGCUCCUACCCUCAUCCUCGCGAACUUGCUCUCGUUCCCACAUUUGGAACCGAAGAGGAACAGCAAGCCUUCCAAUUUUUCCUCGAAAAGACGGCUGACCUGAUCUCAGUCUACUCGCAACCGUACUUUUGGACCGUCCUUCUCCCCCAAGCGACAUGGCAUCAGCCGGCCAUCAAGCACUCGAUCAUUGCUCUGGCCUCCUUACAUCAAUUUCUCACCAGUGAGGGUCCCAGCGCGGUCCGUGCGAACCACAGCUUCAUGUUCCACUACAACACCGCCAUCCACACCUUGGUGUCCGGCAAACCGCCCAUCGACGUCGUGCUCGCGUCGUGCGUGAUCUUCUGGGCCUUGGAGAAUUUCAACGGAGGCGGUCAACCGGCAUUCGAUCACAUGAAGGCCGCCAUCAAGAUCGUGGGAGAAUGGAAAGCCAAACGUCGACCCAACGACCCAGCCAACGAUGUCAUCUCAACCUACAUCGAACCGACCAUCAAAGACGGUAUCAAGUUCGCCUCGAAGUGUCGGGUCGAAGAACUUCAAUCCCAAAUGAGUGCUCUGUCCUUGAGCACGCAGGAUAUGCGGGUUCUGACCAUUCAACUGCCGGACUUUGACACGCUCGAAAAGGCCGGCGACUACCUGGGGGACUGUAUCCAGCAGAUCCUCGUGUUGAAGUCGGCAUCGCCCGGUCCGGACUUGGUGGAAUCCAUCAAUGAUCUCGAUGCAAAAUUGUACAAAUGGAUGAAUAUGUUUCAAGGCCUACCGACAAUCGGUCGGGUUCAUCAAAAGAGGAUGUUGAUCGUCCACAACGUUGCAGCGUAUGUCUUGCUCGACCAGCUGAAAGCGCAGGCGCGUUGUUCGAGGGAGCCGUCGGAAUCCCAUCGCGGUCGGUCCUCAUUUAUCGUGGUGGAGGUGGAAGACGUCCUCAGCUACGAUCCGCAGGCCACCGAGGACUCGAGUCAAGCAGGCUAUCCGAAUUUGGGCUUCAUACCGCCUGUCUUCCUUGUUGCCGUCUCGUCUGCUCAGAUUGAAACGAGACGCAAAGCCAUCCGUACUCUCCGAUUGCUGAACGUGGUCGAAGGACCAUGGAGCUCUGAGACGGCCGCAAAGAUCGCGGAAGCGAUUCUGGAAAUCGCACACCAUUUCUCCAUCUUGCCAUCCAAGGUCGAGUGGCGCCAUAUGCUUUUCAAUUUUGAAUUCGACAGGCCGAAAAACAUCCGGGUCUUGUACAUGCGGUGGAAACCCGAGGACGAACGAUUCCGGGGCGUUGACUGGGUCAAAGAGAUUGAAGUAAACAGAAUCGAUCGGAUUGACUGCGUACGAAAUAAACACCCCCCCAACAACCCCCCCGGGUCGUUCCUGGGAUUCUGGAAACUGACUUUUAUGGCAGGAUUUACCGAGUUUCAUACAACACUUUGGAUAUCGAUUUAA